GUUGUGUGACACUGUGUUGCGGUGCUGCUACAACAUUGCCUCAGUGUGUGAUGAUGGACAAGCUGUUGAGAAUCCACACUCUCUCUGGGUUCUUUCACUCAUCCAGGCAUGAGAAACUAGCCACGCCUGAGACAGGCAUGGCUGGGGACAGUCUAAGCCAUUCUUUAGGGAGAAGUUAAUGCUUGGUACUGGUAGUUGCUGACUGCUCCCUUGGAGAGGCUGCUUUGUUUCCUUGUACCAAGUGGGCAAGGCCAGUGGCCGUGAUGAAAUUGACACCCACAGACAAGGAGCUCUUUUGGCUCUCACCUCCUCAGGGCUUUCUGAGGCAGAACUCAUUUGUCUGCUCCUCACUUCCACAGCACCAGACAAUCAGAGCCUCUUUGUCAGAGGAGCUGAGCACUGGGCCAGAGUACACACGCUGGGGCCUUUUGGGUGAGACAGCCCACCUCUCCCGCUCGGGGUGUCGGUUUCCCCCCGCACCUAGGUGGCAUCGUGAGGUGCCCCAUUUUGGGCACAAGAGGCCAAAGGCGCCAGCCUACUUGUGAUGAGGGCGUGAGGAGCAGCAAAUGCUGGAUCUGGCCAUCCUGGAAAGUAUUGCCCUGCCGUCCAGCUUUCUGACCCAUUAGAAGGGGACAGAGCGAGCCUUGAAGAAGGGAAGUUCUGUCCCCAUUCAAAGGAACCAGCUGCAUGGCACAGCAGGGAAAGGAAAGGCAGUUCUGUGGCUGUGGCUUCUCUCCAAGGUCAGUGCAUACAGUGCUGCCAAACCUGCAGCCACAGGGCCCCUCCAGACCACCAGUUCCCACCUCAUCUGGCAGUGGUUGCUCCGCUCCCCACAGCACAGGGUAGGAGCUGCUGCACAAAGAUAAAUGCAUCAAGAAAGAGAGGAACUGAAUCCGUAUGAGAAGCAAUGGAGACCCCUGGUAGCACUCCGCCCUCCGUCACUCCCAACUGGAACACAUUUCCCCAACAGAUCUUGGAGUCUGUGGACAUUGUUGUUCUUGUUCUGUACUUUGUAUUCGUCCUGGCUGUUGGAUUGUGGUCCAUGUGGAAGACAAAGCGAAGCACGGUGAAGGGCUAUUUCCUGGCUGGAGGAAAGAUGGUUUGGUGGCCUGUGGGUGCGUCCCUGUUUGCUAGUAAUGUUGGGAGUGGGCAUUUCAUAGGCCUGGCUGGAUCAGGGGCAGCGUCAGGAAUCGCUGCUACGGCGUAUGAGUGGAAUGGAAUGUUUUGUGUUUUGGUGCUGGCCUGGCUAUUUCUUCCUAUUUACAUAGCAGCUGGGGUUACAACCAUGCCUGAGUACUUACAGAAACGCUUUGGUGGCAAAAGAAUACAGAUAUUCCUGGCAAUUCUCUAUUUGUUUAUCUAUAUAUUCACCAAAAUAUCAGUUGAUAUGUAUGCUGGGGCCCUGUUCAUUCAGCAAGCCUUACGCUGGGACCUCUAUGUUGCUGUCAUUGGUCUGCUGGCAAUCACUGCUGUUUACACUGUUGCAGGUGGCCUGGCAGCUGUGAUUUACACAGACACUCUGCAGACUGUCAUCAUGCUGGCUGGGGGAUUAAUUCUUAUGGGAUUCAGCUUUGUUAAAAUUGGUGGGCUUGGAAGUUUGCAGGCCAAAUACUUUAAAGCCAUUGCUAGUAGCCACAAAGGAAACAGUAGCUGUGGCUUACCAAGAGAAGAUGCCUUCCACAUUUUUCGAGACCCUGUCACCUCUGACCUUCCCUGGCCAGGAGUUCUGAUUGGAAUGACCAUCCCAUCUCUGUGGUACUGGUGUACAGAUCAGGUCAUUGUUCAAAGGUCCCUUGCAGCUAAAAACCUUUGUCAUGCCAAAGGAGGUUCAUUGUUGGCCUCCUAUCUGAAAAUUUUGCCUCUCUUCAUGAUGGUGAUGCCAGGCAUGAUCAGCCGAGUUCUCUUCCCAGACCUGGUGGCCUGUGCAGACCCAGAAAUCUGUCAGAAAAUCUGUGGCAACCCAUCUGGCUGUUCUGAUAUUGCUUACCCCAAACUGGUCAUAGAACUGCUGCCUCUAGGGCUCAGGGGCCUCAUGAUGUCAGUGAUGAUUUCAGCACUUAUGUCCUCCCUGACUUCCAUCUUUAACAGCUCCAGCACCAUAUUCACCAUGGAUCUCUGGCGGCACUUCCGGCCCUGUUCUUCUGAGUGGGAACUUAUGCUUAUCGGCAGGGUGUUUGUGCUUCUGCUCGUGGUGGUGUCCAUUCUGUGGAUCCCACUGGUGCAGGCGAGCCAAGGGGGGCAGCUAUUCAUUUACAUCCAGACAAUCAGCUCCUACCUACAGCCCCCGGUGGCCAUGGUUUUCAUCCUGGGCUGUUUCUGGAAGAGAACGAAUGAAAAGGGUGCGUUCUGGGGCCUGCUGACUGGCAUGCUGCUGGGCUUCAUCCGACUGGUGCUGGACUUUGUCUACCCGCAGCCCCAGUGCGGGGAGCCAGACCACCGGCCGGCCGUGGUGAGAUACGUGCACUACCUGUACUUCUCAAUGAUCCUCAGUGUCAUCACGACUGUCACUGUGGUGGUCGUGAGCCUGCGCACAGAACCUCCCUCGGAAGAAAUGAUCAGUCAUCUCACCUGGUUCACACGCUGGGAUCGACCAGCCAAGAAACAGCCAGCAGUCAGUACUUCUCCUGAUUCUGGAAGUGGCAUAUGUAAGUCUGAGGGUCCGCCUGCCCAGCUCGAUAUUAGCGUUGUUCCUGAAAAUAUUUCCAAUGACAAUACAAGUGUGACUGGUACUCAAAAAGGGUCUAAACUGAUGAGAGUCUUCUUGUGGCUCUGUGGGAUGGAGAGCAAACGAGAACAUCCUCCUGAGAACACAGCGCCUACCAGCCCUGAAUGUGCUUUGGCUUCACUGGAUGAGCAGCCUUCGGUGAAACACAUUCUGAACAUCAACUUGAUACUAUGCAUAUGUGCCGGCAUCUUUCUCUGGGGCUACUUUGCAUAGCAGCUUGCCAGACGAUUCAAGGGACACAGUCAACUAAUUUUAGGCCCCCGAAUUAAGAUUGGUAUAAAUAAUAAUAAUAUAAUUAUUGAUGGUUCAGUGUGAUUUGUAAUCCAUUCUUACAUUUCAUAGGAAAAAAACGUAACUAUUUUAGUUACACUUAAUGAAGGGCUCGCUCCUGAGAGUUGCUGAGGUUCCUUCUCUUCUGCCUCAGCACCAAUGAUAUCAGGCCCCAGACAGUGAUGGGCUGUAUGUGUGUAAGGGGUUGGGGGAGGUUUGGAAGGCAGAAGGGAUUUGUUUGGUUAUGUUUCCCAUCUUGAUAGUUUUGCACUUAAAGCACUAGGGACUCAGGAGAUCUGCCUGCCCUGUGCAAAGCACUUAAUUUCUCUGUGCCUUAACUCCCCCAUCUGUAAGAAUGGUAAUAAUAAUCCUUCCCCACCUCCAAGCAGUGUCGUGAGGAUCAAUAUUUAUGUUUGCAAGAUACUUAGAUACUGUAGUGAUGGGGACAGUAUUGGCAUAUAGAGAUUAUAGAGAUUAAGGAAAACAAAACAUUGUACCAAAAUGUAUGUACAUGUAUGGUGGAUAAAUGUGUGCGUGCCUAUGUUGUACAGCUCGUUAGGUUCCAUUGGCAUUUCUGUAAUACAGUUGGCACUAACAUUAAUAUAGAUUUUUUUUUGUAAUUCUUUGCAUACAUUUUUAAAAAGUCAGGGAGUUUCUUAGUGUGGGAAGUUAAAUCUUCCGCAGGGCUGUAAAUCCAAACACAAUGCGGGGGUUGUGUAUGUGGACUAGGAAAU